UUCUACCUUCGAGAGGCUUUCUCCGCCCACUUCUCUGUCUCUCUCUGGUUUGCCAUGGCGGACGAAGCCCAAAGCAAAGCACCCGAAGCGCCCCCGGCUGCAGAGGUCGUCUUCCCGGAAGCCCCUGCCAAGGACAAGGCGCCGGUAACCGAAGAGGCUUCCGCAGUAGGCGCUACCGAGGCGGCCGCAGUGGAGGAGGAACCGAAGAAGGUCGCCGAGGCCGAGGCGGCGGCACCCGAGGCUCAGGAGAAGAAGGAUGAGGAAGUAGAAGGGGAAGUCCCCGCUGAGGUCAACGUCGUCGCUGAUGCGAUCGAUCCCGAGAAGAAGGCCCUGGAUGAGCUCAAGCUGCUCGUCCAGGCUGCCCUUGCCAACGGAGAAUUCGUCCCUCCGGCACCUCCCUCUCCUCCUCUGGCCAAGGUGGAGGAUCUUAAGCCUGAAGCGCCCGCUGACCCUGCUGCGGAGGAGCCCAAGGCUGAGCUGGAAGAGCCCCCGAAGACAGCCGAGGUGGACGCGCCUGCUCCGCCGUCAGAGGCCCCCGUGGAGGAGCCUGCGAAGCCGGUGGUCGAGGAUCAUGAUCCUCCAGUAAAGGAGGAGCCUUUGGCUACCCAGCAGACACCUGUCGAGGAAAAGGCUAUUGCGAUCGAGGAUGAUGGUGCGAAGACCGUCGAAGCCAUCGAAGAGACGGGUAUCCCUGUCGUGCCUGCUGCUCUGGAGACCACAGAGGAGGUUACUCCGGCGGCGGCGGAGGCAGCUAAGGAGGCCCCAGCCGAGACCCCUGCUCCACCACGGGCGGAGCCUCCGGAGACGGUUUUCAUAUGGGGUAUUCCUCUCCUCGGUGAUGAGAAGAGCGAUACCAUCCUCCUCAAGUUCCUCCGUGCCCGGGACUUGAAGGUGAACGACGCCCUAACGAUGCUCAAGAAUGCUGUCAUCUGGAGGAAGCAAUUCGGCAUCGAUGCCCUCCUCGAGGAGGAUCUGGGCCUGCCGGAGCUGGAGAAAGCCGUGUUCAUGCAUGGCGUUGAUAAGGAGGGCCACCCUGUGUGCUACAACGUCUACGGGGAGUUCCAAGACAAGGAGCUAUAUGAGAAGGCCUUCGGGGACGAAGAGAAGAGGCAGAAGUUUCUCAAGUGGAGGAUCCAGUACUUGGAGAAGGGAAUCCGGGAGCUCUUGGACUUCACUCCUGGUGGCAUCUCCUCCAUGGUUCAGGUGACCGAUCUCAAAAACACGCCGCGGCUUGGGAAGCAUCGCCAGGCCACUAACAAGGCGGUCACCCUGUUUCAGGACAACUACCCUGAGUUCAUCGCCAAGAAGGUGUUCAUCAAUGUUCCAUGGUGGUAUCUAGCCUUUAACCGGAUGUUGAGUCCUUUCCUGACCCAAAGGACCAAGAGCAAGUUUGUUUUUGCAGGGCCCUCUAAGUCAGCAGAUACUCUAUUCAAAUACAUAGCACCUGAACAAGUUCCAGUUGCAUUUGGAGGCCUGAGCAAAGCAAAUGAUCCAGAUUUUACUACAACUGAUGCUGUCACUGAGGUUACCAUCAAGCCCUCGUCCAAGCAAUCCAUUGAAAUACCAGCUACUGAGGGAACUACCUUGUUAUGGGAACUCCGGGUCUUGGGUUGGGAGGUCAGUUAUGGUGUUGAGUUCGUGCCUAGCGCAGAGGGUGGAUACACAGUGAUCGUUGAAAAGAAUAGGAAGCUCAUUGCCACAGAUGAUUCUGUAAUCAAGACCUCUUUCAAGAUUGGUGAGCCAGGAAAAGUGCUACUAAACAUCGACAAUCUUACAUCCAAGAAAAAGAAGCUCCUCUACAGAUUGAAGACCACAACUUCUGUUGAAUCCACAUAGAUAACUCAACUGCUAUCCGCACUUCAUUCCAUUUGUUUAAAUCAAAGAAAUAAAAAAGGAAGAAUUAAUCAGAAGUGGGUUACUUUGGUGAUAAAAUUUUUUGUUUCUUCUUUCAUUGUUGGUGUGCUAUCGGUUUGAUUAUCGGAGUGAACCUUAUAUUUGCUUAAAUACGGGUUAUUGCCGUAGUUAGAAACGUAUGCUACUUGUUAUAUCGUUGUAAAUGCUUUGUACAUUGGCUUCUAAAUUGAUUUCUGCAAUAUGGUUUGACUCAUUGAGACUUUUGUUAUAAA